CUCUGAAAGCUUCGGAAGUGUCAUUUUUGGACUCGGGCUAAACUUCGGCAUAUGUGGAGCGGCGCAUCGGCGGCUCCGAGCUGAUCGUUGACAGUUAGGAUUAAAUGGCGGCCAGAAAACACUGAAACAGGAGGCGGGAGGAUGUCUGUGGAGGUGGACUUGCUGCUGCAGGAGGCGAAGGAGAGCAUCGAGGCGGCGCAGAACUACCGCAGCGAGCUGCAGCAGCGGCUGCAGGGCCUCAACCAGGCACGCAAACAGAUCCGGGGCAGCUCCGGCCAGGCCCGCGAGGCCCUCAAGAGGCACUUCACGGAACUGCAGGCGGCGGCCGGCCGCUUGCUGUCGGAGCGGCUGGCUGGCCUGCUGGCCGAGGUCGACGCCAUCGAGGCCGACAGCAUCAAGCCUCUGGACGACUGCCAGAGCCUCAUCGAGCACGGCGUGGGGCAGGCCGACGAGCUGCUGAGAGAGGGAGAAGCUGCUCUGCGAUGCGGUCUGGGAGAGAAGGAGGACAAACUGGGCAGCUUCACAAAGAAAGCCAUGCACAUCCAGCUGGACAGCCUUCCCGAGGUCCCGGCUCUGGUGGACGUCCCGUGCGUUUCGGCCCAACUGGACGACUCCGUCCUCAGCCUGCUGAGGGACAGAGUGUCCCGCCACGGUGCCGUCUCCUCUCAUCCGCCCGUCCAGAUAGAGGAGCUACAGGAGCGGCCGGGCGGCAUCCUGGUCCGCUGGUGCAAGGUGGAUGAGGACUUUGCUGCUGCAGAUUACCGGCUGCAGUACCGGCGGUCGGGCAGCGGGGGGAGCCAGUACGAGGACGCCUACAUCGGCCGGGACUGCGAGUUCCUGGUUCUACAUCUGGACCCGCACACGGACCACCUGUUCCGGGUCAGCGCCCGGGGCGAGGGCCGCACCGAGUGGAGCCCCUGGAGCAUCCCGCAGACAGGCUACACCACCCUGGCUCCACACGAGUGGCGUUCAGGGACCGAGGGCUACAUCCUCAGCAGCAGGAAGAACAUCGCCCUGCGUAAUGACUCCGCCCAGAGCCGCUGCGCCGUCCUGUACUCCAACGCCCCCACCUACUUCUGCGGCCAGACGCUCACCUUCAAGAUCUCUGCAGCUGGCCAGUUUGAUCAGCUGGACAGCCUGGGGGUUUGCAUCGACACUCAGAGCGGAGACGAGUCGCUGCAGAGAGACCAAGCUGUCUGCAUCUCCACCAACGGCGCUGUUUUCGUCAAUGGUAAAGAGAUGACCAAUCAGCUUCCGGCCAUCACCGUGGGCUCGGCCGUGACCUUUGACAUGGAGGUGGUCAAUCUGCUACCCGUCAGCAACAACAACCUGAGCGAGGGCGGCCAUUUUAAGCUGCGCGUGACGAUCGGCUCCGGGAACCGGGAGGUGGUGUUCGACUGGCUGGUGGACCAGGCGGUGGACUGCCUCUUCUUCGGCUGCUCCUUCGUCCACUCCGGCUGGAAAGUUCUCGUGUUUUAGGAAAAUUAAUCCUCCGAUUGCCACCGCUACCUGCAACGCAACUUUCCGUCAUCCAACAAAGUUUUCAGGGGGAAAAAACAAAGGAAUAUUUGUCUUUUGAUUAUGACCAUCAUGACAACGCGGCUGACUAUCAAACAUGUUUGCUUAGGCCUGGAUCUGCAAGUUUCCUUCAAAUGAAAUUCAAUAAAACUUUUCACUGUAGCAGCAGUUUAAGCACAUUUCUAAACAAAUACUUAAAACGAAAGCAAUGAAACCCUGUGACGGCUUUUAGUAAUCUUAAAUUUUAUUUGCUUUUUGUCUUAGCUGGUUAAAUUUUGAUUUAAAGAAAGAAUUCAUAGAAAGAAUUUUUUUUUUUUUAAAGUACCCAUUUUACAAUAAAUUUUUACAUUUUGAUGUUGACAUACUCAGCAGAAGAGUUCAGUUUACUUUCGCAAUUUGUUUUUUAUUCACAAAGUAGGAGAAAAGUUACGUUUUUUUACUACCUUUUAUUUUUUGUAUUUAUUAGGAUAUUAAAAGUGUACAAAAAUUUAAAUCACAAACCGGUUGUGCUGUUAGACUUUUGUAAUUUGCAUAGACAUAUUUUAUUAUAAUUGAAAGGAUUAAAUAAAAAAAAAAACUUCACCAGGUUGUAAUUAACCACUCACGGUUGCUAGGCGACAGGACAUGCGCAGAGGGAAAGGCGGGUUCGUGGUGAACGAAGGACGCAAUCCCAAGAUUUGAACAAGUCGGGCGCUCUGCUUUCUCCUUUCGUUUUAAUCACAGAACCGCCUUAAAAAGUUGAUCAAUAGAGAAAAACAGCUGAUUUAUAACAGAUUUAUGUGGAGCGGAAAUCUAGAAUUUCAUUGUUUGUACAUGAAAAAAUGCUGAUUUAUGAGAAAUUACUUCUGUCCUGAUGACUUUGCAUUUGCAGCGAUGAUUUUUCUGUCCUUAUUUUAUUCCAGAUCCUUCUCACUGAGUGGGUUGUUGUUGUUUACAGGUUUUGUUGAGACUUUUUAAAAGUAUAUUAAUCUAUGCAAUUAGUUUUGCCACAGAAGCAGCUUCACAGCUUGAGGUUUGAUUUUUUAAAUAAUUGUCUCACUGUGAAUGUCGCACACACUUUGCCACCUAAAAGCAGCAGUUUUAACAUGUUUUACUAAAUUAAUUUUUGCUUCUAAAGCAUCUUGAGUGCCAGAAUAAUGUGCUUUGAGAAAAUAUGUUUUCUAUUUAUCUAGGAGUGAAACUUUCAUGUGUUCAUUUCAGACUGUGGAGCUUGUUCACCUGAAGCUGAUUUUUGAGCCAAAAACCUUAACAUUAAUAUGUCUUUUGCCUUUUUAUCCUUCUGGAGUUGGAGAAAAAUGCUAAAGCAUAAAAUAUCCAUGAAUUUUUGUGACAAUCCCGACAGUAUUCAGACCACCGGGUUCAUAUCGCUACCGUAGUUCAUUCACUUCCAUCUGACCUUUUCUGUGAAUUUCUUGAACCUCUUUCUCAAUCUGUAGGUCAAAGAAAAACAGUGUGUUGUAUUUAUGUGUACUUAUACUCACAUGUAGCAGUUUAAAUGAGGAUCCUGCACACGUCUGGGACUGAACUAUAGGACGGCUUCAAUGCUGGACGACAACAAACUUUUUCCAGUUGCCUAAAAUCCUAAUUUAUCUGUGGAUGUUUUCUUUGUCCUCGCUGAGGACAACUGGAGCCGGAAACGGGUUCAGUUGAUGGUACAGAUGUCCUGAAAUCAACCAACAGAACCUCAGAAA